UCCGUUGCUCAUUGAGUAGCGCUGGUCGGAAGCUGGCGGUGUAGUUUUGCGACUAAAUGUGGAUUACAUGUUCACUUUAUCCAUUAAUAACGAGUGGUUUCACCUCUGUUAAUAAAAAAAAUAGGAAACGCUAAAGGUUUUCUAUGUAUGACUAUAAACAAGGUGUUGCUGCAGGAUGACAGUCUUGAACCUGUCCUUUGCUGCAUCAGGUUUCUUGGGGAUCUACCACCUGGGUGCUGUGGAGGCCUUUUUCCGCCAUGGGGACAAGCUCCUGGGCUCCCUCAGGGCCUGUGCAGGGGCCUCAGCCGGGGCCCUGGUGGCUGCCGUAAUGAUCACGGCUCCUGACAAGUUAGAGCACUGUAAAGAGUUCACCUACUGGUUUGCUGACAGCGUGAGGCGACAGCAGUUUGGAGCCGUCACACCGGGAUACAACUUCAUGCUCAUACUACGGGAGGGGAUAGAAGAGAUUCUGCCCAGCGAGGCCCACCGUCUGGCCACCGACCGCCUCCACGUCUCAAUAACACACUCCAAAAGUGGCAAGAACCACAUCGUGUCCAGGUUUACCUCCAGGGAGGAGCUCAUAAAGGCUCUGCUGGCCAGCAGCUAUGUGCCUGUCUAUGCUGGACUGAAACCAGUGGAAUUCAGAGGACAGAAAUGGAUUGAUGGAGGGUUCACUGACAGCCUGCCAAUUCUGCCCAUGGGACGAACCAUCACCGUGUCUCCCUUCGCUGGAGUGCAGGAUGUAUGUCCUGUCCACAGGGGGCGCUUCAACAGUCAACUCAGACUGGCCAACAUGAACAUAAUGUUCUCCAUGGAGAACAUCAAACGUCUGAACCAGGCUCUGUUCCCCCCAUCCACCAGCAGCAUGCAGUCUUUGUGUGAAGAAGGUUUCAGGGACGCUGUGAGGUUCCUGAAGAGAGAGUCCUGGAUGAGCUGACAGUCAGAUCCCCUGAUGGAAGGAACUGACUCUGAGAACAGGCAUGAAGAACCAUUUACAGACAUGUGAGAAUAAAUGUUAUGGAUUUUACAGUAUUUAUUUCUGGUGUGGUUUUAAUUUCCAGUCUCCACGGAAUGAUGGUGCAGAGAAACAACGUGUUGAAACGUAUUGAAGCAGCAGCUCCUUGUGGGCUGACUGAUCUGUGAACAUCACCUGUCUUGGUUUGUUUGGCGAAAUCCUUAAGAUGUCUUUUUGUAGUACCAAGGCCUUAGUGUGUAUUUCUAAAGCAGAGCAUGAAGGAGUGUGUGUAUCAUUGCAGGCUUCAAGCAGCAAAGAGUUAUCACACACACACAUCCUGGAUCUCUCCCUGUGCUCUGUGACAGCAGCUGAAUAUAAUGAAAGCCCUCAUACGAACAUGGACCCUUCAUCAAUUUUCCAAGGAGGCAUUUAACUUCCCCCCAGCUCGAUGCGGUGGGAAAAAAAAAUACUGGAUAUCGCAGCACUUCACAGGAAGCACACGCUGCCGUCAUGGAUGUUGGGAGCUCCCUCAGGACACGAGAACGAGAGUCGUCUUUGAAGUGCUGGACGUUUCCGCUGGGUUUCUACGCAGCUGGGCUGCUGUUUGAUUUCCUCCAGCGUCAGAUGUGAGCAGGUUCUUCAUCAGUUUUGAGCCGGUUGAACUGGUGUGCGGGAGCUGCUCCUCCCUCAGGACAGACUCACAUGUUCAGUACAGCCUGCUGCUUCACUGAAGAAGCAGGCAAAUUGAUUAUGUUGCACUAUCUGCACAUAUUCAGGCUGUUAAUACUCAAAAGGCACCAACUGCAGCCUUAAUUAAAACCUGUGCUUCAUUUGCUACAGCGUAUCAGAACAGCCGGAUGACUUCAGGACUUUUUGCAGUUUGUGAAAUACCCUGUGACGGGGGGUCUCAGUCGCAGUCUUGAAGGAUGCCUCAAUUCCUGCACUACAUGAUGGGGAGAGGAGGCUUGUCGGAGGAGCUUUGAUCGAGGAUGCAUACAAACUAUGGUGGGAGCAGAAUAAAUCUGAAUUGUGUUUGUGAUUUAAGAUUAUUUAAGAUGAUCAAAUGCACAAUGAAACUUUCUGUCCUUCACCGUUUGUGUUGCGCUGUUCUGUCCACGUUCCUUCCUGACAUUUCACCUUGAUAUUACUUUUGUUUUUAUAGUUGAAUGUAGGCUGCACCCAAAUCAGCUUUUAUAAUUAUGACGUCAUGUUGACAAGUGCAAAGAUCACUUUUACUUUGUUAUUUCUUACAGGGAUUGAUCACAUAUAUAUAUCCUCUUAUCAGGAGGAUAUAUAUAUGUGUGUGUGUGUGUGUGUGUAAUUUUAGAAAUGUCAGCCACAUUUCUGAAAUGAUGAUGCGGCAACUAAAUGUGACUCUAGUCCAAAUUCAUUAUUAUGUAAAUGUAUUUAUUAGAAAUAAAUUAAAGGUUAAUACACUGUAAAUUGUGGACGGACUCGAAAUAGCUUAUAUUUGCAUUGUGCAACACAAACGUUCAUCUUUCUCUCUUUUUUUCUGCUUGUGCUUGCCUUUGGAGGCAGUGCAGAUGACAAGUCCUAAACGUGCAGUGGAUGGAGCUUGCAUGUUAAGAGACUCGCCUCUAUAACAAAUGAGCAAUUCCAGCAUAGAGGAUACAGUUUUACAGAUACAGCUUUGGAAAAAAAAACAUUUAAAUAAAAAAAACUCCUGAGAAAACCAUGAGUUUGCAUAUUUGUCUGUUUGGACAUUAACAGUUAACUGGCAUCAACACAUCAAAGCAUCUCAAAUGUUACCCAAGAAGCAUCAUAAAAACAUGUGAUUAACGAACAUCUAAAAUAGCUUCUGUAUGAGGCAAAGAGAACACACACACACACACAUACCCAAUAAUGUCUCCCCACUGGUGUUAUGUUAGCCCACCUGCUGGUUCUGGUAAUGUGGCUCGAUUAAGUCGUCCCUCAAAUUACAGUUUCUACCCAGGGUGAAGGGUUCCCCAGCUUGUGUGUUAAACAUGUUUUGCUUCAGCUUGUCUUGCUGGAAAAUCCACCCUCAGUAAUGAAACACUUACGGAGACUGCUGUCUGGAAACAGGCCAUUUAUUAGUUAGAUGAUUAGAUUUACUUUACUGUACAGUACUGCGCACUUGCAUCGUGUUACUCCGUGUUGAAAUUCACUGAAAAGUGGUGUGUCGGCUCAUAGGAGUGAAUAUUUGUGAGGUGUGAAGUCGCUGCAGGAGGUCGGUCUGAAGUGUCACAAUGUAAAACAUUGUUUUCAUGGUUCUAAACACUAGUCCUGAAUGAAUGCAGCACAAAGUGAGUUCACAGUAGAUGAAAACAAAAAUCCUCUCAGCUCUGGCCUGUAAGAGAACAGCAAUGUCCAUGUGUUGUCUAAAUUCAUUCUGGUAAAUAUGCUUGCAGCCUGUAAGCCCAUUACUACAGUAGCUGUUCCUGCUGAGCCACGGUGCUGCUGAGAGAUCCAUCCAGCAGGUAUGAGAGCCGCCAACAAGGUCCCAUAAUGCAAAAACAAACCUGUGUUUCCCGAGGGCCCAGAGGGAAAUGUAUGUGUAACCCAAUGCCAUAACAGCUGCUAAUGAUUCUUUUCUACACUGUGUUAUGCGUGUACAAAUAUGGAGGGAUGUUAGUCUGUAAGCUAUGAAACUGGUUCUCUGUUGAAUAGUCUGACUCCUCAUCUAUGCCAGGGGUCCUCAACUGGAUUUGUCCAAGGGUCAGAAUUUUUGUGAGCUGACACUCGGGUCUGGACAUUCGAAUAAAAGAAAAUAUUUAGGCUAACUGGUCCAUUACUGUUCAAUAUUUUCUCUUUCUUGCAAAAUUAAUGUUAUUUUUUGAGCCUAUAUUAGUGUGACUAAACUAAACUAAAAAAGGACUAAAAAAACAUGGCCAAUCCAUAAUUAUAAUAAUUAAGUGACUAAGAUACUAGA